UAAAUUUAAACAAACAACCAGCAAAUUGUGAUAAAUAAUAAUAAAUAACAAGAAAAACGAUUAAUUAAAUUUGUUAAAGCGUUUCAAGUGAUACAAAAAGAAGCGAAAUCAAUUCUUGAAUUAGAAGCGAGAAAAUCGACAACAGAACAUUUUCCCCGAAACAAACUAAACGCCGAACAUAAUCAAUAUCAAGAAUUCUAAUGAAAAUGGAAGUUCUCGCUGUGCAGUCUAACUACGGCGGCGUCCUGGGAUCCAACAAAGUUCGAGAUUGGACCAGCACAUUGACACCGCCCACGUCCGCCGUUGCGGCCAAGAAGGUCGCCACCGUCGCCAACAGCGCCAGCAGCGCAGCCAGCAGCGGCAGCAGCAUCAUCGGCCGCGGCCAGAACACACACAGUAUUAAGCACAAGCAGCAGGCGAGCAGCAGCAGCAGCAGCGGCAUCGGCAGCAAGAAAACAAAAUCUAGCAGCCAUCCCAUCAACAGCAGCAGCAGCUCUUACAGCAGCAGCAGCAGCAGCAGCAACAGCUCCUACAGCUGCGAUGAGGAGGAGCUGCCGGCCUGCAGCGACGUCGAUGUGGCCGCUGUUAGCGAGCUUUCGAACCGUCUGCUGGACAAGCUGCGCGAGGCGAAGGCGCGCCAUUUGGCGUGCACCGAGGUGUCGCUACCCUGUGAUCUCACGCCGAACAUUGCGGCGGAUAUAAUUCGCGUUUCGGAGAAGGAGCCAUGCGGCACACGCGGCUGCACCAUCUACGUGGAGUUCGAGGAUGAGCCACAGAACUCGCGGCGCAUUGCCUCGCUCAAAGUGGACCCGGAGACGGUCUCCACGUUCGAGGUGUAUCUCACGCUCCGACAGGAUCAUCGCGGCUGGACGGCCCUGUUGCCGCAGUUCAUGAAGAGCCUGGCACGCACCAUCACCAUCAGCCCCGAGUAUACCAUAACCAAGCAUAAGCUUUACUCGGCCGAUGGCCUGGGCGCCAGGCGCAGCUACAGCUUUGGCUCAAGCUCCAGCUCCAGCUCAAGCUCAAGCCAUAGCCAGGCGAUUGCAACGCCAACGAUAUAAGAGCGAGAGUGCAAUCAGAGCUUAAGCGCGAGCACUUGUCGAGUGAGACAGCGCGAGCGAGAGAAAGAGAGAGAGAGAGAGACGGAGACGCAGUUAUAUUUAUAUACACAUAUAUAUAGAAGCGAGCCCAGCGAGUGCGACAAAGAAGCGCGCCCAACACCGCCCAACACCCCCUGUGAUGUCGAGAGCAGUAGUUAGUUGCGAGCGCAACGCGACGACGAAGCAAGUAUUCGAAGCCACCCCACCUACACAAAUACACACACACACACACACACGCAUACACAUUAGUAUACGACACUCACACUCACAAACACACUCAUACUAAUAACAAGGAGUUGCUGUUGAGCCUGCGCCGCUCGCUCACCCGCAACUCUUUGCAUACAAUUUUGUAAUUGUGACUCUCACCACCAUUUUACUUAGAUGCGUAGUAGAUGCUAUAAAAAGCAGCAACAAAACAAAAAGCAAAACAAAUAACUAGUGUUUUAAGUUGUUUCUCCUUUUUCAACAAACGAAAAACAAAAGCAAAAACAAAACAAUUAUAAAAUAAACAAAAAAAGAAAACAUGAAAUUCAAAGACGGCGAUCCGCAAGCCACAGCAGCGAGCGUCAGGGCCAGGGCCGGGCUGGCAAUUGUGUUGCCAGCCCUCGCUCUGCCUCUCUCGCUCUCUCUGCUGGGCCGCUGCGAGGGUCGCUCGUCGACAACUCAUGAAUAUGUGAUACUGUUUAA